UUGCUGCUGGCCCAAAUCGACAUUUUUUCUGUGUUAGCACAAUAGCGAAAACUGCGGUGUCGUGUGGAAAUAUUUGUACUAUACCAAGGGAAGACUAAAAACCAGGUGCCGCACGAGAGCAACAGUCUCUUUGCCAAGGAAAUUCCAGAUGUUUUAGCACUACUGUGUGUACUUGCAUGGACCUCUGAGGAAUAAUCAUCCCGCACAGAAACGUCACAUACCAAUUCAAGUGAUUGCCUCAAUACACUACAAACACUGCAACUGGAACCCAUAACACAUUUAUAAUCGCCCCUUCCAUCUUUUUUACUCUAGCUGCUCCUCCUAUCUGUAUACCUGUGGAGCUGCACAGAUUUGUUCUGCUCCUCCUGAGUUUUGUGAUUGAGUGCAAGCAACUGUGAGAGUUUCAUCGCUUUUCAGCUGCUUUUCUGAACCAUGUUGGCUGGUCAUAUAACACUAUGAUGGCCAUAAGUGAAACACCCUUACAACAUCAAAAUUUUGUAUUAUUCAUACCCAUAUAAUGAUGACUCCUGCCUCCUCAUUUCAUUUGCUUUGAACUCUGCUUCCUGAUGACGAUUCCCACACAAUCUUGGCUCUUCUUUACAAGGAUUAAUCAAAAUGGAAAUAAUGGACGUUACAUAUUCUUCUUGUUUAAUAUAAAGUUGUGAAGUUAUUUUGGCAUUUACAGGGAAAUAGACUGACAUCAGCCACAGCUAGUUGGAUCCUGUGAAGUUAAAUCAGACUGAAAUGGGAGGUGAGGCAGGAGAGAAAGAGGCUUUGGGCCCUGCUGAAAACAGGAAAGUCAAGCAAGACACAGAAGACAGUGAAAGCGAGAAAGAGGUGGAUGAGGAGGGGAAAGCAGUUCGGAUUCCGGUACAUCGCUGGGUAAUGCACGCAGCUGUGAUGUUUGGACGGGAAUUUUGUUAUGCCAUGGAAACAGCCCUUGUGACACCAGUGCUGCUGCAGAUAGGUCUUCCCGAGCAAUAUUACAGUUUAACUUGGUUUCUCAGUCCUAUCAUGGGUCUCAUUUUCACACCUCUUAUUGGCUCAGCUAGUGACCGCUGUACUCUGCGGUGGGGCCGAAGAAGACCGUUCAUUCUUGCUCUGUGCUUUGGUGUGCUGAUUGGAGUGGCUCUGUUUUUGAACGGAUCAUUAAUUGGCCUUUCUAUUGGCGACAGGCCGAACAAGCAGCCGAUUGGCAUCGUUCUUACUGUGCUAGGCGUCAUAGUACUGGACUUCAGUGCCGAUGCCGCUGAAGGACCAAUCAGAGCUUACCUUCUUGAUGUUGCUGACACUGAGGAACAAGAUAUGGCCCUGAAUAUUCAUGGCCUCUCUGCUGGGCUCGGAGGAGCAGUGGGUUACAUGCUGGGAGGCCUUGACUGGACUGACACAGCUCUGGGCAGAGCAUUUAAGUCGCAGGAACAGGUCCUUUUCCUGUUUGCAGGAAUAAUCUUCAUUAUUUCUGUUACACUGCACAUGCUCAGUAUCCCUGAGCGACCCUGUGCUUCAUCCAAACAGCUUAAAGACACAGAAGGUGGAGAAUCUAUCAGUCAAAUAUGUUUGAGGCCAGCUGACAACACGCCACCUUUUCUAGAUAUGAUUGCAGAGGAGGACACUUUCACACAAGCCCCAUCUCGAGAGGUCAAGGAAUUAGAUACCGAGAAAGGAGAAAUGGACUUUCUUGCUGUUGACAGAGUACGGAGUAAAAGUGAUUCUGUUUUAGCCAUGCCUGAUGCUACGAUUGAGUUGGAUCCUGACCUUGAUAUAGAGCCACAAGUUUUCUUGCCAGAUGAACACUUUCCUUUAGAAAUACACGGAGACCUAGAAGAUGCUUUUAAGCCAUCAGAUCACAGUCCUGAGUCCUCACCUCUUGCUGAUGAGCCCCCCUUAUAUACUGAUGGGGUGGUGGUCGUAGAGUCUACAAAUACAAUUUUAACUGACAUCACAGAUCCAAUAAAAGGUCAGGCAUCUUUCUCAGUGACCAGCCCUUCCUCAGAGGAUGUGCAUCUUAAACAGCAGGUCAAAGCUGUCAACGGUGUCAGUGCCUUCAACAAUUCCACGUUUAUCAAAAAGCAUGCCACCGCUAAGUCAGGGAACCGCAUUGCCAGUUCCUCAGCUUCAUCUCGACUACACCCACCGACCUUCUACAGACAACCCUCCUUCACAUUUUCUUAUUAUGGUCGAGUGGGAUUCCAACGCUAUCGGCUUCACCAUCGGCCAAUCACCACUUCCCGGAGUCUCAAUGAUCUGCAAGACAUCCAGCGGCAUGCACGCAGGCGAGAGUUGCAGCAGUCUGUGAGUAGUCUGUCCUCUGAGAGCUCCAGCAGUGAGGGAGGACCAGAGAGGGGUACCACUGUGCGACUACUUUGGCUGUCCAUGUUGAAGAUGCCGAGGCAGCUCUGGAGGUUAUGUGUGUGUCACCUUCUCACGUGGUUCUCCAUCAUAGCUGAAGCUGUGUUUUACACCGACUUCAUGGGUCAAGUCAUCUUCAAUGGUGACCCUACGGCACCAGCUAAUUCCACAGAGCUACACAGUUAUCACAAAGGAGUUCAGAUGGGUUGCUGGGGCCUGGUAAUUUAUGCUGCUACUGCUGCUGUCUGCUCUGCCAUCCUUCAGAAGUCUUUGGAUAAUUUUGAUCUGAGCAUUAAGGUCAUCUACGUCAUUGGUACUCUGGGAUUCUCAAUUGGAACUGCAAUCAUGGCAAUCUUCCCCAAUGUUUAUGUUGCUAUGGUGAUGAUCAGUACCAUGGGAAUCAUCUCCAUGAGUAUCUCCUACUGUCCCUAUGCAUUACUCGGGCAAUACCAUGAGAUCAAAGAGUACAUCAACCACAGUCCAGAAAACACUCGAAGAGGUUUCGGUAUUGAUUGUGCCAUACUAUCAUGCCAGGUUUAUAUUAGCCAGAUCCUGGUAGCAUCGGCCCUUGGAUCUGUGGUGGAGGCAGUUGGAAGUGUGCGUGUUAUUCCAGUUGUGGCCUCUGGGGGCGCCUUCCUCGGUUUCCUUACUGCCUGUUUUCUAAUCAUUUACCCUGAGAAUGAACCCAACAGCUCAGAGCUGGACCAGGACUCGACUGGUUUACCUGAAGAGCAGGAUCAGAAAGGAGAAAGGACCAGUGAGCAGAGGCUGGCUCUGCUAAACCUCUCAGACAGAGGUAGUUUGAAGAAGACAGAGGAUCACUCUGAUUCCCAAGCAUAAAGCUCAUCAACCAAAAGAGGAUUACAGCAGCAGCAAGUGGCAUACAUGUGUGUUAGUCUGUGCCUUCUAGAGCAGCUAAGAUAAGAAAAAAGGGAAGAGAUGGCAGGAAGUUGACAUUCCAAGUCAUGUCCUUUUUAGACUUUCUGUUUUUACUGUCACUACCUCAACUAAAAAGAAUAGAUGUUUAGCUGGUUAGGCAACUACAAGGAUCCUGCUCGUCUUCAGGUGAACGUUUCAUUACACUCUCGCUAUUUCACUUCAAAAAUACACGCUGCCAUUGCUCGCUGGAUGUAGCCUUUUAUAGGGAGGGAGGGCCAAAGUCUCCAAGAGGAGCGAGGAGACUGCGAUUCGCAUGAACGUAAUGAACGCGCAGCCGGAUAAUUAAGAAGCACAUAGCACUUUGUCUCAACUCUGAACAGUGCUAUCACACUGAAGCUGGCAAGUCAAAUCAUGCGACAUUUUACUUAAUGAAAGCUGCUUCAGAGUUAAUGACAAUCAUAAUGCUGUGUGGGAUCUUGGAUAAAUGUAGACUGAACACAGAUGUAAAUAUUUGUUCUAAUCCUUGAUGAAAUUCUUUGACAUUUUCUCAUUAUUUUAUACAAUGUGCUAAUUAUAGAAAUAUAUAAAAAUGAUUUUUUUAGUCAACUCCUUGUCAGCAAAAAGUGCAACAAAGGGAAACUCAGUCCCCUCUUUUUUCUUGCCUUGACAAAAAUGCUGUAGUUCAGAUUAUCGUUAAUAAUACACAAAAUACACACCAUGAAAAAGUCAUUGAGGAAUGUUGUCACAGUAGAAUAUUUUGGGCACAACUGAACCUCCAGAGAAUGCUCUCCUCUUUAUGUUUUUCAGAUUACCAACCAGUAGCAGUGUCUCUUCAUGAAGAGUGACUCUGCAAAUACUUUAAAAUUAAAUUAGAAGUUUUAGUUUAUUAUAGUCUUUGAAAAUUAAUCUCAGGGACAUUUGGAUUUCAUGAUCACAUUGCAGAGUGGUAUUUGCUUUCAGAUUCAUGGUUUGAAUUCAUUUGAAAUAGCACAUACGUUUUAAGAUGAAUUUUCACAUUAGUCUUCCUUUUUUUUUUUAGAUAAAUAAUUAAAAUGGUCUGAUUUUAAGGGAAUUGUUUUGUAUUUUAUAUUAAAAGGAGCUUCACCUUUCCCCUGCUGUACAGAAGAGUCCCAUAAUGAUCCUCUGGCAGCUGUUAAUCUUUAUCCCGUUUUAUGUGUAAGUGGAACAACAUUUCCUGUAAAAUUUCAGUUUAUCUCAGCAUAAUGGCACAAGAAACUGCAGAGAGGCAGGUGAGAAUUGUAGCAACCAUUGAGCAACAUGCAAGGUAUUGGCAGAGUCAUAUUUUCACUGCAAGUUCAAACCAGCAGAAGACUUGUGAACAGUCUUAAGUAAAUAACUUACUUCUGUACCACAAUAUUAAACACACACAUUGUUAAACCUGUAAUUCAGCAUGAGGAAGGGAAAUGACGACCACAUUUGUGCAAGACCAACAGAUAACCUGUGACAAACUUGAAUUUUCCUUGACUGGGGUGUCAUAACCAAACUAAUCUUUAAAAAUUCUCAGAAAGUUCUCAGGCUAUUCACCUCAGGGGAGACAGUGCCAGACCUGACACAAACUUUUGUCCAGUCACCUAGGACAGGACCUUGGUUACUCACUUGUACCUGGAUAGUGUCAGCACUAUCCAAAAACUAGGAUAAAUAGUUUAUUUUGUGCAUUAAAUCACUGACUGCUGGUGUGAUGUGGGAUACAUGUCUGUUUUUAAACACCUUUUGAGUGAUAUAAGUACUUUAUUUUUUGCAGUUUUUUUCCAACAUUGUGAUUAUGAACCAGUAUAAGGUACUGAUACAGAAAAGCUUUUUAUUAUCUUCACAUCAAGUAUCUGUAAAUCAUAAUAUAUAUUUUCUCCACUUCUGUAAAAUCUGAAGGGAGUCUUUUUUUAUUUCACUUUUUUAAAUUGAGAAAUAGAAACAAGGCUUCUGUUGCUGCCACAGUAGUUAUUAGCUGACUUCUAUUAUCAGUUUUCAGCUGGUGGAAAAGUUUCACAGAUGUUUACAUCACACCAGGAAGCUUUUCUAAGUGCCAAACUCCUCUCUGAGAACAUGCCUCCAGGUAUGAGAGUAGUUUUGUAAAGACUAUUGUGAUGACAUUGUGUGUUUUGGUUUGAUGAAUAAAUUGUUAAUUAAGAGUUCGUUAAGAAGGAUCUUUGAUUAUGUUUGCUGCUGGACACAUCUUUUUGUAAUUGAUUAUAAUUAAUUUUGUAUAGUUGUGAAAAAAGACAAAACUGCACCUUUUUAUUGCAUCUGAGUUUUUAUUCACAAGCUGCCAUUACACACAUUUCUGCCUGCUGUUGUGACCUUAUAGUUUAUGAAUGAUUAGAGAUCAAUGAGGGUGUGUGUAAAAUUGAAAUGAACAGUGUGAUUUGUACCAAGAAAUUAAGUUGGGUUUUAUAUGUGCAACAGGAUAACAUAUUGUUCAGCCAGUGCAGGUGCUGUUUGGUUGAGUGUUUAAUGUAAUAAAUCAGCGCCAUCUUCAGGUCCUGGUGUGUUAUUGCAGUGUCAUUGUAGCUCUGUGAAAUAUGUACUGUUCUAGUUUGCUCCUGUAGAUUUUACCUGAGGCUGUUAAAUAAACCAAAGCAUUAUGAUUUAAAAAUGACCAGCUAUUACCACAGUGGCAUUAAGAACUACUGUUUCAGAAAGGUGUGUGUGUGUUUACGUUUAAUCUGUUCACAUUUGUACUUUUAUUAUUUUUUU